GGUAUAUUUCAGUAGGCAAAAUAAUAAAGGCUACUACAUUUAUUAAUUUGACCUAUACUAGAGAAGAGCAAAUCUUUUUUAGCAGGGUAAGUUGUAGUUUUGAGUAGUAAUUUUGAAUACACGCGUGGCAUUUUGUCAGUGUAAAUUCGUCCAGUGACACCUGUUGCUUGAGUUUCAGUUGAGGCUCGAGCGGUAUCGAGCGCCUCGUAGAAUCACAGAGGAAUAUACAGAGUAUCAAAAGAGGCUGUUUUUCAAAUAACUUUUUUUCGGAUGAUAAGGACAACAUGAAAGUCACUGUAACUUUUGGAGCAACUGCAGUGGUCGUUCCGUGUAAAGGAGAAUGGACAGUUCGGGAGUUGAUAGACCAAGCCAAUCAGAGGUAUCGAAAGAUUCUGGAACAGAAUGGGGAGGACUUCCUGGUUCGGACCCACCACGUGGAGUACUGUGACGGGGGCAUCUUGGACCUGGAUGACCUGCUUACUGACCUGGUGGAAGACAGAGACAAGCUGGUGGCGGUGUUCGAAGCACAGGAGCUCCAGAGAGGGGCGACAGUGAGCCCAGUGGGCAGCAGCGGGGGCUCCACGGGCCACUCCAGCCCCAGCCAUUACUCCAAGCCUGACCCAUACGAACGACAGACCUCCUACCUUCAGCCAAUCAGAGGAGGAGAGAUAGAGGUCAACGCCUCCACCCUCAAGGCCAACACCCCUCUGCUGGUGAGGAGCAGCAGUGACUCUGCCCUGGCCCCGCCAUUGGAAAUUGUGAAACCUCCCCCUGAUGACCUCAAUGCCAGACCAGCUGAAACGGAUGCCAGCCAUGCACUGACCCACAGAGGGGAACCAAAAGACCGACUGAGGCUUGACAUCCCCACCACAGCCAAGAUGAGCCGGGUCACACUCAGCCCCCUGACCAAGACAGUGGAACUCUCUGGAGAACAGGGACCGCUGGGGAUCCACGUCGUCCCCUACUGCUCCUCACUGAGUGGACGGACCCUGGGCCUGCACAUUAAAAGUAUCGAGGCGAACAGUCGCUCCAAGAGAGAGGGCAUAUUCCAGGAGGAUGAGUGCAUCGUUCAGAUUAACGGCACCGAGCUAAUGGACAAGACCUUUGCCCAGUCCCAGGAAGUGUUCCGUCAGGCCAUGUCUUCCCCUCUGGUGCGCCUGGAGGUCCUGCCGCUGGCCAACAAGCAGCGCUAUGAGAAACGACUCAUCGGGCAGCUCUUCACCGACGGUCACGACUCCGUCCCCAAAGCCAAGAGCCCCCUCAUGAUCCACCGAAAAAUGGACGCUAAACCAGAAGUGAAACCAGAAACCGUGAAACCAGAACAGAUCAAUCCCAAACUGGAGCCGAGACGUCCAGACCUCCAUGUCCUCCGCUCCAAGACCCCCGAUCUGCCAGCCUCUCUCACCCUGCAAGGGGAGCACCAGACUGGGCACAUCCCCGAGGAGAGGCCCCUCAGUGUGUCCCCAGCGGUCAGGGAUCGGGAUGGGGCCUCCCCCACGGUAGUGGGGGGCAACGAGAGCCCCCUGCCCCAGGAAAAGAGUCCCACUUGGCUCCCUAACCUGACCAACCAGAUGGGAGGCCGGAAGCUGAAGAUUGACCUGAAGAAAGGUACCGAGGGGCUGGGUUUCACCGUGGUGACCCGGGACUCGACGGUCCAUGGCCCGGGGCCCAUCCUGAUCAAGAACAUCCUCCCCCGCGGCGCCGCCAUCAAAGAUGGCCGCCUGCAGACUGGUGACCACAUCCUGGAGGUGAACGGUGUAGACAUGACAGAUCGAACUCAGGAGGAGUUGGUGGCCAUGCUGCGCAGCACCAAGCAGGGGGAGUGUGUCUCUGUGUUGGUGGCCAGACAAGAGGAGAUCUUCCUACCCAGAGUGCUGAAAGGGGAGGAGGCAAGCCCCCUGUUGCUGGAGGACGGGCGGGAGCAGCUGAUGUUCGAGGUGCCCCUGAACGACACGGGCUCGGCCGGCCUGGGCAUCAGCCUCAAGGGCAACAAGUCCCGGGAGAAGGGCGAGGAUCUGGGCAUCUUCAUCAAGUCCAUCAUUCACGGAGGAGCCGCCUACAAGGACGGCCGCCUGCGGGUCAACGACCAGCUGAUUGCAGUGAACGGCGAGGCGCUGCUGGGCCGCUCCAACCACGCCGCCAUGGAGACCCUACGCCACUCCAUGUCCUGGGAGGGCAAUGCCCGCGGCACCAUCCAAUUGGUGCUCCUCCGCCCCGCCGCCUCAUCUGGCUCCGCCCACAACACCACUGCCAAUGCCCAGGAGAGCCAGGAGGUGGCUAGCCCCCAGAGCCACCAGGUCCCAGACGGCCCUUCCGGACCCCCGGCUCCAGCUACAGCCCCGGAGUCCCACCGCCACAGCAACGGCCCCAGCCCACAGCUGCCCAGCCAGCCGCCCAUGGUCCCGAACAACAUCUACUAUAGCUUUAGAGCUCCUCCCACUAGUGGUGGCCAUGCCCAUUACAAAGAAGAGGAGGAGAUGGAGGAGGAUUUCCCCUCGCCACCUUCGACUGGCGCCGUGGAGGAGAUGAACGCCAAACUCCAAAACACAACACACCCUCACCGGAGUGAGUGGAACAAGGCCCCCUAUAUUCCUGAGGGUCCCCUUCACCCAGACACACAGACAGCACAGCAACCCAGACAGACGGACAACCCUCGGACAAGGAACUCUAAGAGCAUGGACCUGGUGGCUGAUGAGAGCAACAUGAGAUCCCUGGCAGAGCAGAGACCAGGGGCUCCCUCCCUGUCUCUCCCCUUCUCAGUGUCCUCAUCCAGGGAGAGUGACCUGGGUCCCACUCUGGGCCUAUGGAAGUCCUGCUCCUUGGAGAGCCUCCAGUCGGCCGUGUCGGAGGCCCGGCAGCUGAGCCAGCAGAGCAAGGUGCCCUUCCACCGCCCCAGACCCCACAUGGUGCGGGGGAGGGGCUGCAACCAGAGCUUCCGUGUCGCCAUCGACAAGUCCUACGACGGGCCCUCGGAGCCGGAGGAUGAUGACCUGUCAGAGCAGAGCUCUGGCCGAGACACGCCCGCCAGUGGCUCAUCCCGCCAGGACCAGAUCGAAUCAGAGGAAGGGAAGAAGAAGAAGAAGAAGAAGAAGACCAAAGGGAAGAAGAAAAGCAAAGAAAAAGUGAAGAAGAAAACCGAGGACUCGGAGGACCAUGAGAAGAAGGCCAAGAAGAAAGGAUUUGGGCUCUUAAGGUUUGGCAAGAAAAAGGAGGCGAAGAGCAAGGCGGAGGUGAAUGCUGCCAAGCAGAAGUUUGAGGUUCUGAGCGAGGAGGAGCUGGACAAGAUUGAGGAGAGAGUGAGACAUGAUCUCCGUAACAUGGAGGUGCGGGACGGCCACGUGACCCCUGACCCCCUGCCACCCGACAUGGAGGACGACGACCAGGACCCCAACUACGCCCGCAUCAACACCUUUCGGGAGCCCCCCAAGGGCCCCUCGCCCUCCUACCUCAGCCGCACCCCUUCUCCCCAGCGGGCCCUCGGGGGACCACCCCCCGCCGGACCCUCACACAGCCGCCAGCCAUCUGCCGAGGACUUAGAGGGGCUCUAUGCCAAGGUCAACAAGCAGAGAGCCCCGCCCUCGACUUCCACGUCCCAGCUUCAGCCCCCUCUGAGCGACAGUGAGCGUGUCCAGAAGCUCAGGAGAGAGCUCCAGCAGGCCCGUGCUGCGCCCGCCUACGAAGAGCUAGAGGUCACCCGCCGCAGAGCCCUCGACUACGACCCACCCCGAAUGGCCGUCAGAGGACCUGAUACCCGCCCGGCACCCCGCUAUGAGGACGUGGAGCGACAGUACGCAGCCCAAUCCAGGAGAGCGGACCCAAAGGACUACCCCAUCCAGUCUAGGACAGCACCCGGUUACCCUGGUAGAGACAACUACUACCCCCCUAGAGAAGCCCAGCCCCACCCCUCCAGCCUGCCCCGGGCCAUCUCGCCCCCGCAGGUGGACCCCAGGUACUACCCAUCCUUGCCCCACCAGCACCGGGCCGCCCACCGCCAAGAUGUGCCCCCCACAACAGGCACCCGCAACCCCCGCUAUGAGACAGUGGGCAGGGGUGGGUACCGUGACGCCAGCCCCGGCCGUUUCGCCAGCCCUGAUCGCUCCGGCGGCGGCUACAGGGAUGGCAGGCAGCCGGACCCACGCCAGAAGAACGCCAUGAUCGGAGCAGUGUAGGUGCGAUAGCUAGAUGGACUCAGAUUAGGGUUGCAGAAUUAUUUCCCCAAAUUCCCAGAUUUUUCCAAAAUACUGGUUGGGCGAUUCCAAGGUUUUCUGACCUUAUUUUGGGAAGAUUACUGAUUACUGCAACCCGAACUCAGACACACUCGUUCCUUCUCUACAGCCCCCUGUCUGGAAACAUCCUCGCCCCCCUACCUCGUUUGGUGUCUGCAGAUCUGAAGGAAUCAGAUUGGUGUAAGCAAUAAGGCUCCAACUAGAUGUCCAAUGGGCUUGAGCCAUACUGCUUACAGGGCUUUGAGAUCUACAAACAUCAAAGCGGUAGGGGAAGGGUCGCAUCCCAAAUGGCACUCUAUUCCCUAUGUAGUGCACUUAUUUUGACCAGGUCAAAAGUAGUGCACUGUGUAG